GGAUGAUAAAUGAAGGUUUUGGGGAGACACACAUUAACAGUAUUCUUGCUGCCUUGAACAUUCCAAGCAUCACCCAAAAAGCACUUAAGAGGAGGGAGAGAGAAGUCGGACACCAACUUAACUUUAUGGCAGAUGAAUCAUGCAAGAAGCAGUUAAAUAAAGAACUAGAAGUGAGUGAUGGAAAACUGACCGUUUCUUUUAAUGGUGCCUGGCAAAAGCAUGGAACUGGUCAUGCUUAUAACAGCCUAACAGGACAUGCCACAUUAUUUGGAAAAAAAACAAAGAAAUGCAUUAAAUAUGCUGUUAAAGGAAAGAGAUGCAGGAUAUGUGAUGCGGCAAAGGACAAAGGAGUUUGUCCACGAAAACAUAACUGUUCACGUAAUUGGUCCGGUUCUUCAAAAGCCAUGGAACCGGCCAUGGCUUGUGAAAUGGUGCAGAGCAUUUAUGAUGAUGGAGGAAAGGUAGAUACGCUUGUAAUGGAUAAUGAUUCCACUACUAUCACAUGGACUUAA